UGCUACUCUCCCCUCUUCAACCUCCUUAUUUUUCCCACCCCUCGCCGGCCGGAUUUAUCCCCUCUUCUUCUUCUUCGUCAUCAUGCCUUCUUCUUCCCUUCAACUCCACCACCCCUUCAAUCCCGGCACGGCCUUGGACUGCCACAAGCAGCCUCCAACGCUCUCCACGCGCCGCCUUGUUGUUCCUCUCUCCUCUUCCAAGCUUGAUCUUCCUCCGGUUCCGGACUCGGUUCUUUUCCAGCACGCGCACGAGGUAGGGCCAGGCCAGUGCUGCUCCGUCGUGAUCCAGUCCAUCCACGCGCCCGUCUCCACCGUCUGGUCCGUGGUUCGUCGCUUUGAUAACCCCCAGGGCUAUAAGCAUUUCGUAAAGAGCUGCCAGGUCAUCGACGGCGAUGACCGCGGCAUUCACGUCGGCGCCGUCCGAGAGGUCCACGUGGUGUCCGGCCUUCCCGCGGUGUCCAGCACCGAGCGGUUGGAGAUCCUCGACGAUGAGCGCCACGUCAUCAGCUUCAGCGUCGUCGGAGGGGACCACCGCCUGAGCAACUACCGUUCCGUCACGACCUUGCACGCGCAUGGGAACGAGACGGUGGUCAUCGAAUCGUACGUCGUCGAUGUGCCGCCGGGCAACACGAAGGAAGAGACAUGCGUGUUCGUGGACACCAUCGUACGGUGCAACUUGCAAUCCUUGGCUCAGAUCGCGGAGAACAUGGCCAGAAGGGACCAGAAACCGCCAUUAUCAUCGUAAAUUCACACAUUCUCAAACUCUUCUUCUGUUUCAGUCAGUGGUGUAUGAUUCCGGGUUUUUUCUGUUUCAAAUGCGGGUACGGAUCUUGUAUCCAUUUGAGUCGGGGCAUAGAUCAAUGAAAUACACCCGUAUUGGGAACGAAUGGGUAGAUCUCGCUUUAGGUUUUUUGGCAGGGUCUCGAUCGGACGGCAAUGGUUGAAUGUGAUAUAUGUGCAUAUAUAAUAAAUUAGUUAUAUAUGUUUGCAUAUAGUCUUCUUCUAAUUUUUUUUUCAUUCCACCGUUCGCUCUGAUCGAGGAUUGCUUCUAUUUGCCCAAAAUGUUAUCCCCAUCAAACUUGGUCGAUCCUUCAUGUCGUGUUCCUAUGUAAAUUCUGUUUUGUGGUGAAGCCAUGAAAUUAAUUACAAGUUAAAGUGAUUUUUAUUGGAUUCA